AUGUCUGGUGUUCCCAUCAAAACAGAGGUAAAGCGGGAGGAGGGCAAGUACGGGGCCACCGCCACUACGCAGGAGUCGAAGCCCAGCAUCUUCGCCACCCAGGAGACCCUCGCCGACGUCGGCCGGGAAGAUAAGGAAGGCACCUUAUAUGUCUGCGGAAACUGCACGGCGCAGCUCUACUUCAAGCCAGACUCGCGUCUCGUGUGCCCCAUCUGCUCUCACAUCACCGGCGCCUCGACUGUAUUCUACAAAAUCCGGACAGAGCCCACCACGUACGAUACUGUCUGA